UUAAAGUCGGGCAAAACUUCAAAACACAUUCGCAUGCACGCCCAUUCUCAAAAACCUCACUAACGAAAGGGUGUAUUUCCACAAAAUACGGAUCAUUUCAUUUGAUUUACAUUUUAAAACCGUGGAUAGUAGAAGCUAUAAAACGCGUCAUAAUGGAAAUAAUAAAUCCGAACGCUGCGAUUCUCACCAACUACGAGGUUAUGACGACACUCAAAAACAUGAAGAAUAGCAAGAAAAAACAUGGGCUACAUAAUCUGGCUACCAUCACCUACGAAACGGUGCAAUACCUGGAGGGCACGUCUUGUCGGGAUCAGACGAAGGAAGCCAUUGGUGAGUUUCUGGCAGCGAUGAAACCGUUCAAUUUGACAAAAAACGAAUGCCUGAUGAUGAUUAAUGAUCCACCCAGUUCACCCCUCCACAUCCAAAUCAUGAUCGAAGAUACGGACGAACGACUAACGGACGAGCAGGUGAACCAAAUCAUUGAAUUGGCGGCGAAACUUCGCCCGAGGGAACCCGAAGAAUCAGGGACCGGUCAUCAAACUGAAGGUCAAGAGUAGCGCGUUCGCUGGUUGACAAGCAUUUCUUAUUUUGUUUUCUUCUUACAUUAAGAACGGAUAUUGAAUAUUAAAUAUAAGAGACUUGGUUUAAAAUAGAAUAUCGCUACGCAAGGAAA